AUGCCUCGCAGGGUUCUCAUCGGGUUUGGCGUCGACGUCGACGCGGUGGCAGGGUGGCUCGGGUCGUACGGGGGCGAAGAUUCGGUGUCGGACAUAUCCAGGGGCCUGUACUCGGGCGAGGUCGGCGUACCGCGCCUGCUGAAGCUGUUCAGGAAAUCCGGGAUCAAGACGACAUGGUUCAUCCCCGGACACAGUCUGGAGACGUUCCCGGAGCAGAUGGCUGCCGUCAGAGACGCGGGGCACGAGAUGUAUGGGCUACACGGGUACUCGCAUGAGAACCCUGUCUCGAUGACGCCCGAGCAGCAGAAGGACAUCCUCGAGUACACGUACGACCUCCUGACGGUGUUCAACAACGGCAUCCCGCCGAAGGGGAGCGUCGCGCCGUGGUGGGAGACGAGCGCGGAGGGCACGAUGCUGCUGCUCGACAAGGGGAUCGAAUACGAUCAUUCGCACAUGGCUCACGACUCGCAGGCGUACUACCUGCGUGACCAGGAUACGUGGACGAAGAUCAACUAUACGGCCAAGGCUGAGGCGUGGAUGAAGCCGCUGCAACGAGGGAACGUCACCGGAUUGGUGGAGCUACCUGCUAACUGGUAUUUGGACGAUCUUCCGCCCAUGAUGUUUAUCAAGGGAAGCGCAAACUCACACGGUUGGGUCAACUGCCGAGACGUCGAGCAACUCUGGAAGGACACCUUCACCUACCUCUACCGGGAGGAAGAGGAUUUCAUCUUCCCUAUCACAAUCCAUCCCGACGUCAGCGGUCGCCCGCAUGUCUUGCUCAUGCUGGAACGCUUCAUCGAGUGGGUCAACACCCACGAGAACGUACACUGGGUGUGCAUGCAUGAGAUGGCGAACGAGUUCAGAGCGAAUAAUAUCCCUCCGGCGGGGGCGCGCAUGCCGCGUGGUUUGGACAGCGGUAACACACGAUAGGCGACAUCCUCUCCAAGCACUAGCAAUGUCGAAGGCAUGCAAAGUACUCAAGUAAUGCCCGUGUUCAUCUCAUAGCCGGGGAUAACGAUGCAAUGCACCGUGUAUGAUUUGGUAGGACACUUCCGAGAGAUGAUACCCGUUCGAGUGUUCGGCGUUCACGAGUCUGAAGCUUUGCAAACUCAAUCCAUUCAUGAUGCAUUUGACGCGAUCUAACCAAGGAUGUGAUACAAUGGGAUACACGCACUGUUGGCGAGGGCUUCUCAAUAGAGGAUGACUCAUCGUACACGGAACUGCAUCUUCGUAUCCUUGU